AUGUCAGCUGUAAAGAUAGGUUAUAACGAUCAAUAUCAGAAUCCAGUAGAUUAUCUAUGUAUUCAGCAAUCCAAUGUACAUUACAUUCGUAGUACAGCCAGUAGUAUUAUUGACGAAGAAGAGCAGCAGAAAAGAGAUAAAUUAAUACAGGCGGCCACAGAUCGAUUACGACAAAAGCUACUCGAGAGCAAAUACGAAACGCUCAUGUCUCAAAUUGUAGAGUUACAAAGCAAGCUAGAUAUUAUCAAACUGGAAACAUCAAUUUCUUUGAAAUCAAUGAAUACAAACCACUUGGACCAUUUUGAAAAGAGGCUUGAAAAUCAUAAAUUAAAAUUACAUAGCAUUGUCAAUAGCAAUGACAAAAAAGUAGAAGAGAAUAAAACAAAGUUUUCUUCUUCACUCUCUUCCUUUUCUUCAACAAUUUCUUCCAUUUUAUCCUUACGUUCAACAUCAGAUGAAGACGAAAAGGAUUACUUUGCUAGUCUCGGGCAUCAACCCAUGAGAAGAAGAAGACAUUCAAAACAGCAAGAAAGAAUUUGUCAUGUUCCUAUUGUAACCAUAGAUGAAAACUAUUAUACCAAGGAACCAAGUGCAUUGGAUACAAGAAAUGCAUUAGAUGAUACCUUGAGCUUUUUAAAUGACCUUGCAUCAGACUCAGACGAUGGUGGCUUUCGCCAAGACAUAAUACACUUAUUGGAUACAAUGCACCCCGUUCACCACCAACAAACACAACCGAAAUGCUUCUUUCAAACACGUCGCACUUGCUUUGUGAAAAAAGCGCUUACAAAUAUUGUCUCAUCAAGCUGGAAAUGGAUACGUUUUGCACUCAUAAUGACUUUGGCGAUACUUAUAAACCUUAGAAAAGGUCCCUCAUUGUUUUAA